UCGUCGUCAGCAGCAGGAGAAAAAAUUUCAUUCGCAAGAGUUGAGUGUAAAAGUGAAGCACGAAAAAUAAUUAAAAAAUUGGGAGAACAGUUUUAGCUAAUUGUUGCUGCUACUGCUGCCGUUGUGCCGUGGCCGUACGGGGUCGUAUAUAGGCCACUUCACGGAAGAUAAGUGUAUGUUAAGCUUCAGUAGGUGAGGAAAAAAAAAUCGCCAGCAAGAAUAAACAAGGCAGCUCGCGAAAAGCUGAAAUUCCUAGCAGGAAAAAAGGGCAUUUGGCAACGCAAAGCUGCACGGUCAGCAGGGGAGGUGUCGAAUAAAAUGUUGACAGAAUGUCCCACGCAACCAGUUUACUGAGUUCAGGAAUUUCGCGUCGUAAUCCGGAGGACGAGUACGAGCUGAUCCACAAAAUCGGCUCCGGAACCUAUGGCGAUGUGUACAAGGCAAAAAAGCUCCAGUCGAACGAACUAGCAGCUAUCAAGGUGAUCAAGCUCGAGCCGGGCGAUGACAUCCAGAUCAUCCAGCAGGAGAUUGUUAUGAUGCGCGACUGUCGCCAUCCGAACAUCAUCUCCUACUACGGUUCGUACCUUCGGCAUGACAAACUGUGGAUUUGCAUGGAGUACUGCGGGGGUGGCAGCCUGCAGGAUAUCUACCAAGUCACUGGGCCGCUAACCGAGGUGCAGAUUGCGUACAUGUGCCGGGAAACGUUACUCGGGCUGUCCUAUCUGCACUCGAUGGGCAAAAUCCAUCGAGACAUCAAGGGAGCAAACAUUCUGCUGACGGAGAAGGGCGACGUCAAGCUGGCGGAUUUCGGUGUUUCUGCGCAGAUCACGGCAACUAUCAACAAACGACGGAGCUUCAUCGGUACACCGUAUUGGAUGGCUCCGGAAGUAGCUGCUGUGGAACGAAAAGGCGGCUACAAUCAUUUGUGUGAUAUUUGGGCUUGCGGUAUUACUGCCAUUGAGUUGGCCGAACUGCAGCCGCCGAUGUUCGAUCUGCAUCCAAUGCGGGCGCUUUUCCUAAUGUCCAAGAGUGGUUUCAAACCACCCAGUCUGAAGGACAAGGACCGCUGGAGUACCAAUUUUCACUCGUUUCUUAAGGUGGCGCUAACGAAGAAUCCGAAGAAACGACCGACAGCCGAACGAUUGCUGCAGCAUGCCUUCUUUCAGUCGGAGAUGUCGAUCCGGCUGGCGCUGGAGCUGCUGCAGAAAUAUCACAGUCCACAUCAGAGCUACUUCUUCCACGAUGUCGAAGAGGAAGUUUCUGUUCCGAUUGGACCGCAGAGAAUCACGAGCAAGCUGCAGUCGCCUAGUCCGGUUUAUUUAUGUAAAACAUCGUUGGAACGAGAACGCUCAUCUAGUCCUGAAACAUUACCAAGUGAUAUGAGUCUAUUGCAUUAUAUAGACGAGGAGUUGAAGUUAAGGCGAACGCUGCCAUUACCCAACAUACCGAACGAUUCGUUGGGGGCCGGUGAUGGGGAGUGUUCUUGUCCUGGUGACAGCUAUGACAAUAACGGCCGGGAUGAUUCGACGCUCAGUUAUGCGGAUAUCGAUAAUCUGAAUGCGCGCUUUGAAAAGUUAAAUUCGCAGAACGGAACAGGGGAGGAGGAAACGCAGGGCAAACGGCGAUCUAUGGAUCAGUUGACGGGUUUGUUUACCGAUUUGGAAAAGUCUUCCAGGCAGCGAAGUUUGAGCGACGGUGAUGGAGGCAAUGAAAACGAAACCCAACCAGACCUGCUGAAUAAUACCCCACCGGUACCACCAAAGCGGAGUCAUCGCAGUCGACGUCACACACCUCCUCGGCCAGCAUCGAACGGGUUGCCGCCGACACCGAAAGUUCACAUGGGUGCCUGCUUCUCCAAGGUCUUCAAUGACUGCCCGUUGCACAUUCACUGUACCGCCUCGUGGAUUCACCCGGACACACGGGACCAACACCUGCUGAUCGGGGCCGAGGAGGGCAUUUUCAAUCUGAACAUGAACGAACUGCACGACGCCGCUAUCGAGCAGCUCUAUCCACGUCGAACCGUGUGGCUGUACGUGAUCAAGGACAUCUUGAUGUCGCUGUCGGGAAAAACCUCGCAACUGUACCGGCACGACCUGAUGGCGCUACAUUCCAAGCAAACGCACCGAUUUUCGCUACACAUGAAAAAGAUUCCGGAGAAGCUGGUGCCGCGCAAAUUCGCCCUCACAACCAAGGUGCCGGACACCAAGGGUUGUACGCAGUGCUGCGUCACACGGAACCCGUACAACGGGUACAAGUACCUGUGCGGUUCGCUGCAGAGUGGCAUUUUUCUGAUGCAAUGGUACGACCCAUUGAACAAGUUUAUGCUCCUGAAGCAGUGCGAUUGGCCAUCCGGAAAUCUGCAAUACUACGGGGUAAACUCGAAUGUAUUUGAAAUGAUAAUCACCCCCGAGCUGGAGUAUCCGAUUGUUUGUGUGAACGUGCGGAGAGGGUCGAACAAUAGCCUGAAGUUAGAUUUGAUCAACACCAAUAACUCAUCAAGCUGGUUCAACACCAACGCGGAAGAAAUGGAUGGUAUGGCCACUGUUAUCAACAGGCGAGACACGCUACGACCAAUUAAAGUGCACCAGAUUGAGAGGGACGCAAUUUUGGUAUGCUACGAUAACAUCGUACAGAUAGUGGAUGUUCUUGGUUGUCCAAAGCAGAGUAAAAAGUAUAUUUGUCGUUUGGAGUUUAGUUUCAACGUUGAUAAUAUCGUUUGCUUGACCGACAGUGUACUAGCGUUUCACAAAAACGGUAUGCAGGGCAGAUCCCUUAAAAACGGAGAGAUUACCCAAGAGAUUACCGAUGUCAGUCGGAUUUACGAGCUGAUUGGAAGUGACAACCGUAUCGUGAUGCUGCAGAGUCGCAUCAUGCGGUCCGAAACGAUGGAAAGCUCCAGCGAGGAGGGCCAUGACCUGUACGUAGUAGCCGGACACGAGGCCAGCUAUUAAGCCGCCAGAAAAAAAAAUGCGGUGGCCCGAGAUACCGGGUAAGUGUAAGUGAUAUAUCAGGACACACAGCAUGUACUAGUAGCGAUUAGGAAACAAAGGUAAAAAAAAAAUACAAGGACAAAUAAGGAAACUAAGUAGUUACGACUUGGAGCGUGUGUAGUGGCGGUGAAAAUCGGAACAGAUUUGUUAGAUAUAUUAAAUAUAUCUGUUUGUACACCUUAAACAAAAUGUAAACUAAAUUAAUUCAAAACGCAGAAGAGGAUAGCAGUUAAUUAGGAAAAAAAUAUAAUUAAAGAAAAAAACAGUUCACUAACUUAGUCUAAAGUUCCAGUCAAACCAAGCAGUGAGCAGGCGAGAUAGCGUUGUCUUGUAUAAAUGUUCUUCUAUGUUUCGUAUUUGAUUGUAUAGAAAUUUUAUUCGCAUCCGCGGGCAGGACCUUUCGAACGCUCCUCGCCUUCGCUGGCAGCGGAGCAGGUUAUGAAGCUUUUUUUAAAGAAAAAAAAAACUACUUGUCAGAAUGCAGGAACAAAAUGAUAGUCUUUUUAAGGUAAGAAUUUUUUUAAUCGGUCUGUAUUUGAUGAGUAUGUAUAGAAACAGAUAACGAUGUGAUAACAUCGUUUGUUUCCGAGAUUUUCAUAUUCAGUUAAAAAUUUUGAAUGUCGAUUGGAAUGUACCACAAGUAUUCUACUGUAAUUUUUUGUAGUUUUACAUAGCAAUAAUGUAAGAGCGAGAUUUCUACUAUUCUUUUUGGUGUAAUAUUCGGUUUGAUCGUUAUUUUCUCGGUAUAAUUCUGCUUACGCUGUACAAUUCGAAAUUUUUGCAGCAAUACGUACUAGGGCAAACUACGCAGUAGUGACAAGAAGAAAAAAAAAAAAACAAUACAAACAGAAAUAAGUAACCACUGGAUCAAAGUCGAAAUAGUACUAAAAUGUCGAAAUAAUAGAUCACAUAUUUUGUUAAAUCUUUUCUGGCGUAGAUCUAAACAUGUAUUUGCGAAAUAACAGUGGAAUAUAUUGUGUAAUUUGAACAAGGUAAAUAAUCACGAUACACUUUAUUGGAUUUCAUAACUGCGUGGACAAAUAGGCUUUAAACAGACUAAACAAUAACAAAAACUAAGAAGAAAAUAUCUACAUUCAGAUCGUGCUCACAAACAACGGAUAAAUUCAAAGCCAUACGAUUAUUCCACAUACUGUAGUAAUAGGACAACAGCGUUGAACCAUAAGACAGACCAACACAGUGGCGAUAAACCUAUACAUAAUUGCAUUUAUUUUUUGAGAUCAGCUUAUACAGCUUACCUAUUAUUUGUACAAUUCGGCAACACUUGGGUGCACGAAAGGGCUACAAGAUUGGAUACCAUUUCAACGUCGCAUUUGUUGUGGCAAGCUUUUUAUUGGUUCUUCACGACAGAUUCAUAGUGGAAUGGUACCGUAAUCUGUUUUAUUUUUUACAUUUCUAACUUUUAUUGGCAAUCAUUCCAUUUUAAGGCGGGAAGUUGCAUCCGAACAAUUCCAAAAACCAUCGCAUAAAUUCAAGCAAUAUUCGUACACACACAUACACAUUUCUGAAUCGAACCACGAUCCUCAUUAGAUAAGUUGGCGUAAUUUAACGUCUGAUAUUUUAAUUCCAUUUUUUUGCUACUCGUAGCCAGAACCCUUUAAGUCAAAUUCAUAGCAGGAAAACAGUUUAGAUAGAAAUAUAGCUUCUGUUUUAAUUUUUGAAUAAUAUACCAACAAUAUUUUGAGUUCGAAACGAAAAGGAUUAGGCUUAUAUUUAUGUUUGACUGAUAUGUUUUUAUUGAUGUUCCACCUAAGUCGAACAAAAGGAAGAUGAGUUAUUAUACUCUGUUGCAGCACACGUUCUUCUACUCCACCGAAAAUACAUCAAAAAACCUAAAAUUCGAGCUGUAAAUCUAGCUGUAAACCUUCAACUACUUUUUUGCGUGAGUACAGAUAAAACUUUUAUCUUAUAAUUUAAACACAAGUAGUGAUAUCCCACGGUCCAGCCUGGUUCGUGAGCAAAUUCCACGAAACAACCGAUACAAAUCUACCUACAUACCUGGAAGACAACGGCAGCGUUGAUUUUUCCUUUUUUUUCAAGCAUUCAAAGCUUUAUUGCAUUAUAUUUUAAACUAGGUUCGUAAGUAGUCGUUUCUUUGUACACUGUGUUCUAUCCCUGUUAUAGAUAAAAUUUGGUUAAUGAUUAGGAUUUUUUCACCCACAAAUACCAAUCGAUGAAUUCUGACACAAAUGAAGAUAUCGAAACGUACCUACUGUCGAGUUCGAAUAUAUCGAGGUCACGUUUACAAUUUCCAUAUACACCACAAACAAACAAAACAAAAUGUAUCUAAAUAAAGCAUACCCAAAUACAGCGCAGCAAAGUAGAGAGAAACACAAAAAAAAACUUACAAAUUAUAUAUAUAUUUCUCUGAAUAGAAAAAAAAAUACAGAAAUUUUGUAGCAGCUCAAACAAACAAACCAGACAACAAAAGAAAGAAAACAAAAACCUACAGAGAACAAGCUUCUCUUCUUUUGUUAACAGUGUAGAGCUCUUCGUUUCCGCUCCAAGCAAUAUAGCUAUCGAAAACAAAAAUUGAACAUCUCUUUUCCUCACCUCUCCCCCCAUGUAGACAGAAUUCUUGUAAAUGUCGUUAUAAUCGAUACAAAGUUUAACCAAGAUGCAAUAAUUUUACAAAAAAUACUAAAAAAGCGAAUGGAGAAACAAUAGCACGGUGUCCUGCAAAAUAAUACAGUGGAAACGUACUGCGGGCGUUUCAGAGGGCAUAACACACACACCGACCACAGAAGAGAUGCAAGUGACUACAGUUAGAGCGAAGAAGAAGAAAAAUAAAAAAAAUGUUUUUUUUUGAGAAUGAAA